ACCGCCCCCCCCCCCCCCCUCUCCCCAGCGCCGGCAGCGAUGCAGCGGGCUGCAGUGGCAUUUGAAGACGUGGCCCUGUAUUUCUCUGCUGAGGAGUGGGCGCUGCUGGCGCGGUGGCAGCGGGAGCUGUACCAGGAGGUGAUGAUGGAUAACUACGACCUGGUGGCAUGUCUGGACUCCCUUGACAUCAAACCCCCCAACGUCCAUGGAACGGAUCCUGGGGAGACAUCAAAUAGAGGGGACAGAGGGCCACUGGACCCCGCAGGCAGCGGUGAGUGCAAUGGGGCAGAGCUGGGGGCAACGGGAUGGGGACUGCAGGGGGGUGUUGGGCACAUAACGGAUGUGAGCCCUGUGCUGUGCCAUGAGCCAUGCCAUGAGCUGUGCCAUGAGCUGUCCCACAGCUGUGUGCAAGAGGGGGUCCUACAGGAGCCCUCCUGCUGUGUGCCCGCCUGUGGCAUCCCACGGGGACGUGGCCCUGACCCAGCGUCUCCACUCCCUGCAGCCCCCUGGGAUGAGGACACACUGGGUGAUGCCAUCCAGGCACACCGUGCACCGCCGGAGCCAAGAUGCCCCCUGCUGCACCCCGAAUGGGGUGAGCGGGAGCCAGCAGGGGCUGUGGGGCCGCGGAUCUGCAGGGUGUGUGGGCAGAGCUUCGAGGACGCGGCGGCGCUGAGCACACACCGGGCAGAGCACGGGGACCCGACGCCCAGCCACGAGUGCGUGGCAUGCGGCAAAGCGUUCCGGCACCGCCGCAACCUCCUGGCACACAAGAAGCAGCGGGGCCAGCAGCGGCACUCCUGCGGCGAAUGCGGCCGCAGCUUCUGCCUGAAGGGCGACCUGCUGCGGCACCGGCACCGGCGCGACCCGCAGGAGCACGGCGAAGGACAGCCGGCACCGCGGCAGUGCCCAGAGUGCGGGCUGCCCUUCGAGGAUGAGCUCAGCCUGAGCCGGCACCGCGCGCAGCACGGCGAGGAGCGGCCCUUUGCCUGCGGGCGCUGCGAGCGCCGCUUCUCCUGGAAGGAGAGCCUGCAGCUGCACCUGCGCAGCCACGCGCCGGAGCGCCGCCACAAAUGCCAGCAGUGCGGCCGGGCGUUCAGCCGCAGCAGCAACCUGCUGCUGCACCAACGCGUGCACACGGGUGAGCGGCCCUACGCCUGCGCGCAGUGCGACAAGACCUUCAGCAACAAGGCCAGCCUCACCACGCACCGCCGGCUGCACCGCCGCUGCAGGACCUUCGUCUGCGCGCUGUGCCGCCUCGGCUUCGGCUCCAAGAGCAAACUGCGACUGCAUCUGCGUGGCCACGGCGACGGCGGCGGCCUUGGGGUGGGGAAAAAGAACUGGGCUGGUGUGAAGCAUGAGAUUGUGGUGAAAAUGGAGCCAGAGGAUGAGUCCUACAUUGGGUGCCUGCAGGACCUGGGGGCACAGGCCAGCAUCCCCAGUGUCCCCAGUGUUCCCAGUACCAGAGUAAAAAUGGAGGUAGUGGUCAAAGCGGAGCCUGAGGAUGACUCAUACAGCAACCACUGCUAUCAGGAGGAGGAGGACCCCCCUGAUCCCACUGCUGGUGAGCAGGGCCGGGUGCCCACAGUGGCUGGGGCUGUGUUAUGGGGUUCCUGCAUGUGCCCACAGCCCUGUGGGCACCCUGGGGAUGGUGACGCUGUCCUGGGGGUCACACAGGGCCCAGCCUGCCCCACACUAGCUGGCACAGAUGCAUUCUCUGCCCAUGCAGGCGAUGCCAAGCCUGAGGUCAUCGUGAAGGUGGAGCCGGAGGAGGCAGUGUUCAUCGUGUGUCCCCAGGGCCCAGGUGACAAAGGCACUCUGGAUGGCGAGAAGCAUCUCAAGGAGGAGCUGGAGGAUGUGGAACCAGAGAGGGCCCUGCAGGCUGUGCCUGGACACCGCAUCAUCCAUGUGGGCACGGGCACACGGCCUGUCCCACCGGCGAGCACCGCUGGGCACCAACCCACCACGUCCCCCAGCACCGAGCCGGCCCGGCGGCCCCGCGGCACCGAACGUCCCUUCGGCUGCGGUGAGUGUGGGAAGAGCUUCCAGCACCGAGGGAACCUCAUCACCCACCUGCGUGUGCACACCGGGGAGAGGCCGUUUGCGUGCGGCGUCUGCGGGAAGAGCUUCAGCCAGAAGGGCGACCUGAUGCGGCACCAACGCACCCACACGGGCGAAAAGCCCUUCGAGUGCACUGUCUGCGGGAAGAGCUUCUGCUCCAAGCAGACCUUCGUGCUGCACCAACGCAUCCACACUGGGGAGAAGCCCUUCUCCUGUGGCGACUGCGGGAAGAGCUUCAACCGCAAGGCCAACUUCGUCACGCACCAGAAGAUCCACCGCGGCGAGCGGCCCUUCGUCUGCGCCGAGUGUGGGAAGGGCUUCUGCGCCAAGAAAACCUUCAUCCUGCACCAGAAGAUCCACGUGGGAGAGCGGCCCUUCGGCUGCUCCCAGUGCGGGAAGAGCUUCAGCCGCAACGGCGACCUGACGCGGCACCACCGCAUCCACACCGGCGAGCGGCCCUUCGCCUGCGCCGACUGCGGGAAGAGCUUCAGCCACAACGGGGAGCUGAUCAAACACCGGCGCAUCCACACCGGCGAGAAGCCCUUCGCCUGCAGCGAGUGCGGGAAGAGCUUCAACCGCAAGGGCACGCUCGUCACCCACCAGCGCAUCCACACCGGCGAGCGGCCCUUCGUCUGCGCCGAGUGCGGGAAGAGCUUCAACCUGAAGACGACGCUGAUGAAGCACACGCGCAUCCACACGGGGGAGCGGCCCUUCGCCUGCACCGACUGUGGGAAGAGCUUCAAGUACAAAGGCAACCUGCGGACGCACCGCCUGACGCACACGGUGCAGCGCGUCUACCCCUGCACGGAGUGCGGCCAGGUCUUCAGGCACAGGAAGGAGCUGAGCGGGCACCAGGGCGCGCACUCUGGGCAGAGGGUCCUGCCCUGUUAUCGGGACGGGGAAUCCUUCCGACCCUUCGUCCCCGCACACCCGCUGCUCGUGGCCCGCACGCAGACGCAGCUGCCACUCUCCGAGUGCGAGUAGGGGCAGAGCACGGACCGAACGGGGUGCGGGAGCGGCGGGAAGGAGCCGCGCUGCGGCGGUGGGUGCGCGUGGAGCGCAGCCGAGGGACGAUGCCCUCCGGUGGGCAGCGCGCGGCGCUCUGAGCGGUGUGUGCCAUAACGUCACCGAGCGGCGGGCGCAGGGCCCUCCGAGCGUUCAUCUCCUUCCCACAGCCCGACGCCACGUCCAACCCGACCUUCACCACUUGCGGGGAUGGGGACCCCGCGGCGCGUCCCACCCCCCCGGGGGGAAGAGACCCUCCGUACGCCCGAGCUGCCCGCGGAGAGGGGCCGCGCUCAGGGGGCUGCGGUGUAUGGGAGCCCCCCGGAGCCUCGGGGACUGGGUAAACCUCGGGGACCGCGCGCCCUUAACGCCCCACUCACUGUCUUUUUUCCGAGCUGGAAAAGAAUAAAAAGCGAAACCGAACGCGGGGAGCGGAUCUGCCGGCAGGGUGUGCUGCCGCCCCAGCGAAGGGACGCGCGAGCAAAUCGCUGCAGCUGCACCAGCGCAGGCACGUGUGAGCUCCGCUGCAGCUCCACACCUUUGUCGUGCUCUCCAAAUGCCGUACGCGUUGCUCACCGCCCGACGCCGUGUCCCCCGGCUGCGCGGUGUCCCAUGGCCAUCAGAGCUUGGUGAGAAGCCGUGCCAAAGCCCUGUGCCCUCAGGCUGGGCCUCCCACCACCAGGCUUUCAGCUCCCUUCCAUCCCAAACCUUUCCAUGCUCCUAAGUUUUAUCACGCACUGUGUCUGGGCAGUGCUGCCCCGGUGUCUGAUUCUUCCCCACCCUCUCAAGGUGCAGUUGCACUGUGGGGAUGCACGGGGGGGCUCGGGAGUAUCUGGCCGGAGGGCUGUGCUGCCAGGCGCUGUGAAUAGUGAAUAGUGGAAGUGAAUGUGUGAACACAGAGCUGCCUGCCUCCUCCAGCAGGUUUUCUGGUUACUUUCCAGAAAAUUCCAAAGUAUUGGCGGCUGGAGCAGCGACAAGGCCGGGUGCUAAUCAAUAGGGCCCUUCCACUUUAAUAAAUGUCUUUCUCCAAAUCGGGAGCAGAGGAAGACCCAUCACCUCAGUCCCUCCAGCAGAGCCGCCCCAGACACUGCAGCAGCUCGGUGGCCCCAUGCUGCGCUCUCCCCACUGUGUCCCAGGCUGCCCUGUGCUGGGGGCCCAGAGCUGGACCCAGUGCUCUCUGCGCUCCCGAUCCCUUCCACAUCGUUCCCAGGGACAGAAGCUCUCUCUGCACACUUUGCUGUGCCCACAUCGCAGCCCCACGCAGCCCUGCACGGAAGGACAGCGAUGGGCAGAAGUCCCCACUCACCCUGAGCCCCACCUCCUCACACAAAGCAGAUCUUUGCCCCCCGGCUCCGUUUGCUGAUGGCUGCGCGGUUUCUGCACUCGGCCAGCAGCGGCUCAGCACAGGAGCUCCUGCAGCUCUUUGCACGGGGCUGUUUGUGCAGCAGUGCUAUCUGUGAUCCCAGCACUGCCCUCCCCCUGACGCUGCCUAUAAAGGCGCUGCUGAGCUGCACAGCGGUUCCAGCCCCAGCACUGCAGUGCAGGAGGAGAGCAGGAACAGCACAAGUGCAGCAGUCAGACCUGGGGACACAGCGCAGCGCUGCUUCGGUGAGUUGCCUGCAGCUCUGCUGCCACUGCUGGAAGAGAUUCCAAGGAUGCAGAACCUGCUUUCAUUGAGUGGGUUCUGACUUCCAUGAAUGAGGGUCAGCCAAUAUCUCUUUCCAAAGACAAGUUCAAUGGAGAUGGGUAAUUUUGAUGCCG